AUGUACACGGAUGUCGAAGUGUUAAGUAAUAUCAAGAAAUUCAAAUGGAGACAGUUGGAAAACUUCCGCGCUGCGCUGACAAACUCAGGUGGAUUACUGAGCGAACGCCACGAGGAUCACUGGGACAACCUCGACGAAGUAGGCCGUCAACUCCUCGAUGCCCGGCAUGAGUUCACCACCAAGGACGGCGCCAAGAAUCUUGCGCCCCGGCCCGGCGUCAGGGGCAUGAAGCCGUGGGAGACGACGGAAAUCACCCUGCAGGGCAAGACAUUCCGCAUCACGGCAACGCCAUGUGUGCACGUGCCCGGUGAAGAAUGUAUUGGCUUCGUCCUGACUACCGACUCCUUCGGAUCCGCCCCGGACGGCCGGCCCAAUGCCUUCUACUUCGCCGGGGACACGGUGUACACCGACGAACUCGUCCAAGUCGGUACCCGCUUCCACGUUGCCGCCGCCCUUAUGAACCUGGGCGAAGCCAUGGUUCAGGUGGAGCCCGCGCCUGCGUCCGAGCAAAACAUCACUAUGGGUGGGAGGCAGGCUGCGCGCCUGUUCCGCGACAUCAAGGCCGACUGGAUCGUCCCGAUGCGCUACGAGACCUGGGACCACUUCACGCAGUACGAGGACGAGCUGAGGACGGACUUCGAGGCCGAGGGUGUUCUGGACAGGGUCAGGCGGAUGAAGAAGGGCAAGGCUGUGAAGGUCGUCGAAGCAGAAUCUUGA